CAGAGCUGCCUAAAUGCUUACAAACGCUUCUUGGAGACGCAUGUCAUAACAGCUGGGCAGGGGCACCCUUCCAACAAAUGCACAAGAGAGGAUAGUAAACCUGCCUUUUGUUUCAGAGACCUCAUGAUCCAAACAGCUACUCUAAGACUCAGUCCAAGAGUUCCAUCUGCUAAUUUCUGUUUCAAUGAAUUGACAUGGAAAAUUAACCAAGUUGAGCAUCCUAUUACUUUUUGACACGCUUCAGAGGAUUUCAUGCUGUGCAAACUCUGCAUGCUGGUGGCUCGUAACCUACAGUGGUGAUGAGUUCUCAAGCUGAAACUGGGUUUUGCCUUGCAGCACAUUCUUCCGUGGAGAGAUAACUUUCAACAGACCUGAAGUACUUUUGUGCAUUGUCCAGGGGAUCCAAUUACAACUUGCUAUGGAGCAUGAUUUUUAAGAUGAAUACCUACCUUGAUGAUAACUACAAUUCAUCAUUACCUGGAUAUUUGGACUACUCUGUACUAAGUAAUGGGAGUCUCACUGCAAACAACUCUAAUCAGUCAGCAAGCAAUCUCAAUUUACCUGCCUUGGAUAUCACUAGGGCUAUAAUUGUGGGGCUUGUCCUAGGUGCCUUCAUACUUUUUGCUAUAGUAGGUAACAUCUUGGUAAUUCUCUCUGUAGCUUGCAAUAGGCAUUUAAGAAUCCCUACAAACUACUUCAUAGUUAACCUCGCAAUAGCAGACUUGUUGCUGAGUUUUACUGUCCUUCCGUUUUCUGCUACACUAGAAAUUCUUGGCUAUUGGGUUUUAGGGAGGAUAUUUUGUGAUAUCUGGGCAGCAGUUGAUGUGAUGUGCUGUACUGCUUCUAUCUUAAGUCUGUGUGCAAUUUCUAUAGAUAGAUAUAUAGGGGUGAGUUAUUCGCUUCAGUAUCCAACUUUGGUGACUAGGAGGAAAGCAAUUCUUGCCCUCCUAAGUGUCUGGGUCCUCUCCACAGUAAUCUCCAUUGGACCUCUUCUGGGAUGGAAGGAACCAGCACCCAAGGAUGAUAAAGAGUGCCGCAUCACUGAAGAACCUUUCUAUGCCUUGUUUUCUUCUUUGGGGUCCUUUUACAUUCCUUUGAUUGUCAUCCUGGUGAUGUACUGUAGAGUCUACAUAGUGGCCAAAAGGACAACUAAAAACCUGGAAGCUGGGGCCCUGAAAGAAAUGUGUGAUUCCAAGGAGCUGACCUUAAGGAUUCACUCCCGGAACAUUCAUGAGGACACUUUCAACAGCAGCAAGGCCAAGGGGCACCACCCCAGGAACUCCAUAGCUUUCAAACUUUUUAAAUUCUCUCGAGAAAAGAAGGCAGCCAAGACCUUGGGAAUUGUAGUUGGCAUGUUUAUCUUGUGCUGGCUACCUUUCUUCAUAGCUCUGCCUCUAGGGUCUCUGUUUUCUGCUUUGAAGCCACCUGAAACCAUCUUCAAGAUAAUUUUUUGGCUUGGCUACUUCAACAGCUGCUUGAACCCAAUCAUCUAUCCCUGCUCGAGCAAAGAGUUCAAGAGAGCUUUUAUACGGAUCCUGAAGUGCCAGUGCCACCAGCAGAGGCGGCUGGGGUGGUGGGCCUACAACUACAGGAAUUGGAACCAAGGCUCCUUCGAACACUCACGCAAGGACUCGUUGGAAGACAGCAGGAGCUUCCUAAGUGGCAGUCAGAAGACAUUAUCCUCAGCCACCCCUAGCCCCAGCUACCUGAGCAAAGUCACUCACCCUCACAUGGAAAUGUACACGUUCCAGGAGUGGAAGAGCUCCAGCUCCUUCCUGAGCCCCGUACAGGAAGGCAGCAGGCAAAAGGACUCAUGCCACCUCUUCACCUUCAAGCUCUCAGAGCACAACGGAUAUAUCACUGCUGGCAGCCAAGCCUCAAGCAAUGGGGGCUGCAGGACCAUCUGUGACACACUGAACAGCACAGCUGACUGCAGAAUGGCUGUUGAAAUGAGCGAAUUCUAA